AGUCUCUCUUCAUUCAUGUCAUUUUCCAGUUCUAACCAACGUAUCCCUCACUCAAUACUAAAGACUAGUGCCCUUUAACCUCAUUCGCAAUCCCACCAUUCUUACUUGCAUCCAUGGGAUCAUUUUCCAGUUCUAACCAACGUAUCCCUCACUCAAUACUAAAGACUAGUGCCCUUUAACCUCAUUCGCAAUCCCACCAUUCUUACUUGCAUCCAUGGGAAAAAAAUAAAAAAACCCAUCAAAAUUCGUAUCUUCUUUUCAAAUUUGUGUUUUUUGAGAGGAAUUUUUUGAACAGUUUAGGGUAUUUGAAUCUCGGGCUCAAAUUCGAAAUCAGAUUUCAUAUUUCUAAAAGCUGCUUCCGAAAGCCAAAUAUCACAAAGAAAUCAUGCUACCAAAUAUCCAAAUACCUUCAACAAACGCAGUGAUUUCAACUGCAGCUUCUGUAGCUGCCACGACCAUGUUAGUCCGAUCCUUUGCCAAAGAUUUUGUUCCCCAUGAAAUCAGACAAUAUAUCCUCACCAAAUUUCGCUACUUUCUAGCCACAUUCACCAAUGAAAUCAUCGUAGUCAUUGAUGAAUAUGAAGGACUAAACAAAAACCAACUCUUUUCUGCUGCUGAAAUCUACCUGGGCACCAUUUUUAAUCCCUCCACCAGAAUAUUUCGAGCCUCAUUGCCCGAAAAGGAGAAGAAAAUCCAUGUUUCAGUGGAAGGAAAUGAAGAACUAAGGGAUAAAUUUUGUGGGUUCCAACUGAAAUGGAGAAUGAUUAUCAGACAAACUCAAGCAAGGUACGUGCCAUAUCCUGAUGAAUAUUCUUCCACUAUACAGUCUGAGUUUCGAUAUUUCCAGUUAAGUUUUCAUAAGAAGUACAAAAACAAGGUUCUUGAUGAGUAUUUGCCUUAUAUUGUGGAAAAAUCCAAAUCCAUCAAACAAGAAAGGAAAACAUUGAAAUUGUUGACUUUGAAGAGUGAGAGGCAUGGUCCCAGAGGAAAUCCAUGGCAGUCUGUGAAUCUUGAUCAUCCAGCCACUUUUGAAACUUUAGCAAUGGAUACAGAAAUCAAGAAUAUGGUGAUUGAUGAUCUUGAAAGAUUUGUGAAUAGGAAAGAGUUCUAUAGGAAGGUGGGCAAGGCAUGGAAGAGGGGAUACUUGUUGUUUGGGCCACCAGGAACAGGGAAAUCAAGUUUGAUUGCUGCCAUGGCUAAUUAUCUGAAUUUUGAUGUUUAUGAUUUGGAACUCACUGAUAUUAGGGGUAAUUCUGAGCUGAGGAGACUCAUUAUUUCAACAGCUAAUCGGUCGAUACUUGUGGUCGAGGACAUAGAUGCUUCCAUUGAUCUAUCAGAGAGGGGACAAGCAGCGCCACCACGGCCACUGCCAAUGUAUCCUUCCCCCUAUAAUCAAGGAACCAAAGUUACUUUGUCAGGAUUACUAAAUUUCAUUGAUGGAUUGUGGUCGAGCUGUGGGGAUGAACGGAUCAUUGUUUUCACGACAAAUCACAAAGAUAAGCUCGAUCCAGCCUUGCUGCGCCCUGGUCGUAUGGAUGUGCACAUUCACAUGUCUUAUUGCACACCAUGUGGGUUCAAAAUGCUUGUUUCUACUUAUCUUGGUAUCACAGAGCACCCACUUAUCAUGGAAGUCGAGCAAAUGAUAGGGACAACCAAGGUGACCCCAGCUGAAGUAGGCGAGCAGUUGUUGAAGAGCGAUGAUCCUGAAGUUGCACUUAGAGGCCUGAUUGAAUUCCUCGAGAAAAAGAAGGAAAGUGAAGAAGCGAAAGCACUCAAAGAAAAUCUUGAAGUAACUAAAGCAGAAGUUUUGCCAAAGCCGGAGGAAGAAAAAGAUGGUGCGAGUCGUGAUAUGAAGGAUGUUAAGAGUCUUGAAGGCCUUAAAGAACUUAUCGAGAUGGUUCAAGCGUCUCCUGCAAAUGCAGGAGAGCUGGUAAUAAAGAGGGACAAGGCUUCAAUUGCACUCAAAGGCCUAAUUGAAUUCCUUGAUGGAAAAAAUAGAUUCGAAGAUAUCAAAGCUUCUGAGACAAAUUCAGGAGAAUCGACAUCUGCUAAAGUGCAAGAAUCUUGCAAGGAAGUUAAGAUUUAGACAUCAACGUAAUAUUUGUUGGAAUUUUCUGAUGUUGUGUUAACACUGAUUGAAGCUUUUACUUUGCUAAAAGAUGUGUUAAGACUGUAUCUUAACUAUAGGCCCAAUUGGUUUUUGAGAUCAUAAACGGAUGAUUAGGCUUGGUGCA